AUGGACGAAAUCACCGCUCAGAGUGUGAAUGAUGAGCUUCAAUAUGUGAUUUCGUUUGGAGGGCAUAUUUCAACGGCAUUUCACCAAUAUGCCUUGAAUCGAGCCGCUAAUGGAUGUUUUGAAAGUUCUCGGACAAUGACCGAUGCAGCCUUAUCUUCGCUGAAACAGAUCUCACAUUUGUUGCAAGAUGAAGCUCAAUAUCAGAAAGAAGGGACCGGAAAAGCGCUAUUCAGCUACGAGGGACUAUCUUAUACGCGCGGUGUUGUCAAGGAAUGUGCCAAAUCGCUUGUCAAAACCGAGCAAACAGUGAGAGAUGGAUGUCUUCCUCGCAAAGAACUGAACGCCAAAAGACGCAAGGCUAAGAAGUCCGCCCCGGUAGAAGUAGAGAUUGUGUGUUCGGACUUGGAGAUCGAUGAAAAGGCUUUUUUGAAUCAGCUCGAAAAAACGAGGUGGCCUCGCAUUGAUAGUGACAUCAGGGACAUUAUGGAUAGAGUUGAUGAUCUACAGCUACGUCUUGUCUUGGUUCAUCAAGUGGUCACAGUUGGUCUGAUCUCCUCGGAUCUGUAGGUUUAUAUUACGAUUUAAUUGACUUUAGCUAACUUGGGUGUAGCUCAUCUGGAAGGGUGGACGUACAAGAAAUUGUCAGUUUCCAUGAUCGAAUUCACCGCACGGCAGAACUUGCGGGCAUUAAGCUUCCAAAAAAGCGUGUUUCGAGAAGGGCUUCUUUCAGUGAUAGUUAUGACAGUGGCAGUGAUUCAGGCGUAUCACCAAGGAAGUCACCGGUUCGAGAGCGUGUGGUUAUAUUACCUAGCCCACCCCCAAUGCCUUCCGGACUACCAAGAAUCGCGCCUCCGCCGCCACCCGUGAGUGUCCUACCAAAGCCACAAAUAACUGAGAAUGUACGAGUUCUUUCCCCAAAUAUUAUGAGUUCAAGCUGAUAGAUAUAGGUCAACCCACCAUCUUACACGGAGAAACCAAACUCUGCAGUUCUUUCUUCGACCAAGCAAACAGCUCUUCCAAUAAUGGCAAUCAAAUUGUCGGAUGAGAAAAAAGAGCCACCUGAGAAUGCUUCCGUAAAGGAGCAAAGGCAGCAGCCAGUGAAAAGUGAAGUGGUGUUAGCGAAGUAUGGAGUCUCGAAUUGUCUCGGCUAUUUUCAAACUAACAACAACAGGCCCGCAACCCCUGAGCCUCGCCUGUUCGCAGCGAAACCUCAUGGAGUCGGUUUCAAGCUCCGAUCUCUCUUCAGAAGUAAAGAGUCUCUUGCUGCUGAGAUACGCAAAGUUCUUUGCGAUACCGAUUCGCACCUCUUAGCGUUCGUAAUACAGAGUUCUGGUCAUAGGUUGAUCCCUCAUUCUGCCUUUCACUCUCUGGAAUCAACCCACAUGAAGACAAUUCUAGCUCAACUGAACGAUGAUACCUGGUAUACAGCAUAUACAUCUUUGAACCAACAAGAGAAUAUGAUGCUACGCAAUAUCAUCUAUCCUUGGGUUAACGGAAAGACUCAUGAGAGGGAUAUUGUCGCUCUUAAGGUUGUGCAAGAACAAGCUAAACCUAAUGCGUGGCUGGCUCUUUUGAGAGAGUUUCGACCAAAGAAUGAGCGUUAUCAUGGUCCCCCACAAGCUCCUCUACCAGGUCGUGUUCUCCUUGCUAUUGUGAGGGAGCAACUCGUCAACGGAAAGCCUCUUCUACCAGCUAGCAGUGUCGAUAGCCGGAUGGGACCAGUUCUACAACCUCCAGGACCCCCAAGACCCCCAGUAACGACAGAAGCAAGUCGAAGGCUACCUCACCCACCACAGUUUCUCAGACCACCACCUCCGCCAUCCUUCAGUAAUCCUCCAAGUGGAUCUAACAGGGUCUACGAUAUUACCAAUUACAACAGAGGUCCACCGUCUCCAACGGUAUGCGGUCCACCACCUCCGUCAUCUGUGCCCCCUCCACCAGGUGCUAGACUGGUCGUGGCCAAAUCCAUUCGUAUCUCUGACAUGAAUGUUUUUACUGAUCGCGACGCUGCCAUCGCUCUCACAAGUUACAAUGAGUACACUAUGCGUACAUGCGAGCCAGCUCAGCCAUCCGAGCGACGCUCAUGGCUACGCGUUUCCAACACCCUUGAGUCUUCCGACAAAGACCAAGUCCAAGAUCGCGUCGACCACUUUCUCGCCGCGGGAAAGAGUGUCAUAGAAGUCAAAAUGCGACUUACUGAAGACCAAGCAGCCCAAGUUACUCGCUUAAUGGAUGAAUUGAUUGCUCAAGAGCGCGACACCCGAUUUGAAUGGUCCUGGGUUGAACUCAGCGUCUACGAUAACUACGGGGAAUUGCCUCUUUUCGCCAAUGGCCCUGGGACCAUUUCUAGUCGUGCAACGCAAAUACAUCUUAUUGCAAAGCGCAGCUUGAAGCAAUACAUCAAGGCUAUGGAUGUACACAAUUCUUUGAUGACCCGUGGACCUGGUCCAUAUCCCCCAAGCUAUCCCUAUCCUCCUGGUCCUGGUCCUCGUCCAAUCACUCUGGGGCCACCUUCCCCUCCUCCAUUUCGCCAGAUCUCACCAGUCAUAGUCAAGGCGCCUCGUUCCCGGAGAAGAUAUGUGUCAAGUGAUAGCGACAGUAGCUCGUCCGACAGUGGCAGCAGUGACAGCAGUGUUCCUCGACGUAUGAGACGCAGGCGUGUGAGACGUCAGAACCGGAGAUCUGGUCGUAAAAUUACAUAUGAUUCUGAUGACUCCGAUGACGAAGAUGCGGAGGUUGAUGUUAUGGAGAUUGAUUUGAUGUUGAAACGAGGUGACGAUCUUGUGCAGAAGCUUUUGAAGAAGUGGACACCGCAGAAUGUUGGGGGGAAGAAAAAUGCUGCUUGAGAUAUUACGUUGCAAUUGAUCUUCUAGGUUCCCUUAUAAUUUUAGCUCAGUGCCUUGGAUUCGGGUUUUUUUUACAUGGUUUCUUAUUCAAAUAGCUAUAUAUAAGUAACGAUAUCACGAAUCUAUCUACGUUUCUUUGGUAUACUGCCAAACGGUUGAGUUCUACUGCCACCUCU